CGUCACUCAUCUUUUCUCGUGAGUAGAAGCAAUCUAUUACCAAAGUCGAUUGUUUUCUAGGUAUAGCAAAGAGUAUCAUUCCAGAUUAAACUCUCGCCAUGAGUGAAUCAGAGACCAAGAUGGCCCCCCAAGAGCCUCAAGCCAAUGAAACUACAAUCGUUACCAAUUACACGCCUGAUUCUCCAGAGGUCUUGCACAACUCCCAACUGAUCCUCGUCAUCCUAGGACUCUGGUUAUCGCUCUUCCUAUGCUCGCUCGAGACAACCAUCGUCAGCACAUCCCUCAUCCACAUAGCAAACGACCUACAAGACUUAAGCAAUGCUGGGUGGAUCGUCGUCGCAUAUCUUCUAACUUUUAAUGCAUUUAUACUCAUAUGGUCCAAGUUGAGCGACACAUUCGGGACGAAAUGGCUUCUAUUAUCGGCCAAUAUUGUAUUUUGCAUCUUUUCUAUCGCUUGCGCCGUUUCCAAGACUAUGGUUCAAUUGAUUAUUUUCAGAGCGUUCCAGGGAAUUGGUGGUUCUGGGAUGUAUUCUCUUACAUUCGUCAUCUUGGCUCAAGUGGUCCCGAUGGACAAACUUGGUAUCUGUACAGGUAUUCUCAGUUCCGUCUUUGCAUUAGCAAGUUUACUAGGCCCAAUUCUCGGAGGCGUGAUAUCAGAUAGGAGUACAUGGCGGUGGAUAUUUUGGCUAAAGCAAGUCCCGUUGCCUGAUGUUCCUGGAGUUGCCGUUGCAUUCGUAAUUCUCGGAAAAUUCAUGAACAGUGGAAAGUCAAGCCAGCAAGUUCGAAAAUCGAUGAAGACUAUGGAUGUCAUUGGCGCCUUCUUGUCCCUAGCUUGGGCCAUUCUCCUCAUCUUCGCACUACAGGAAGGCGGCAAGGCUUACGAUUGGAACAGUGGUGUCAUUAUCGGAACUUUAGUGAGCGGCAUCGCAAUGUUACUUGUGUUCGCUAUGUGGGAGUGGUGGACAUACCGCUACACUAACACGGAUAGUCUAUUCCCCGUUGGUCUGUUGAAACGAUCUGUGGUUGUAUUAUUGUUUUUGAACCUAUUGUUACUCGGCUUCACCUUCUACGUUCCAGUCAUUCAAAUACCUCAACGUUUCCAAUACGUGAACGGUGAGACAGCAACACGGGCCGGCAUUCUUCUCCUACCACUCACACUGGUAUCUCCAACCACAGCCUUGGUAGCUGGUUCUCUAGUAGGAAGACACCGCCUCUGGGCCCCGGGUCUAACCAUCCUAGGGGGUUGCCUAAAUCUUAUUGGAAUUACCCUGAUGAGUACAUUACCAGUCGACAGCGCUGUGCCAGGUGCCCAGUUUGGGUACCAAGUGAUUAUUGGGAUGAGUCUUGGACUUAUGACACCUACAUUGCUAUAUAUCCUGAAGGUUGAGGUUCCCGAGAAAGAAAUGGCUGGAGCUAUGGGAGUCGGGAACAUGGGGCGAACUCUGGGAGGCUGUAUUGGAUUGGCGAUAUGCGGAUCUGUGCUGCAGUCGGAACUUAACAAGGAGCUUCCGAAAUUCCUCACGCCUCAACAAAUACAAGCCAUUUCCGCAUCAUCGGGAUCAGCUGCCCAAGUGCUAACCCCUGACCAGCUGAUCAGGGUCGGCCGGGUAUAUGGUGAUGGCUUUGACCUGGAAUUCAAAGCAUUGAUAGCAUUUGCAGGUCUCAGUGUCAUCACCGCAGUUCUGCUAUGGUUCUCUCAUACGCGUUCAUUGAAGAACAAAAUCCAAAGUGAGGAUCGUGGGAGUGGAGAGGCCUUCACAGAAAUGGCAGAGGCAUAA